AAACUUAUGCCUCUUCCCCUCAACGCCGCAUUGCUCUCGUUCUUCUAAAAUCGAAACUGAACGCCUUCUUCCUCAAUCCUCUGGGCACCACCAUACUCGUCUCGUCUCCUUCCGGCCGCUUCUUCGUCUUGACUUCUGGAUCUCGGAAACUUCUCAACUCUAAAGUGUUUAUUGUUGAAGAUGGGUGGAUUUGGUAGCCUUGCACCAAAAACCAAGAAUCUGGUGGUUGCUGGAGGAUUAACAGGUUUUGUAUUUGGAGUUUAUUUCUACACCAUGAGAGCUGUUGGGGGAUCUGAUGAACUUCAAGUAGCUAUUGAUAAGUUUGAAUCUCAUAAGAAUGAAGAAGCAUCAAAAUGAGGAAGCUGGAGUUUUUUUUUUUUUUUAAUAAAUUCACCACACAUUUUGUAUUUCAUCUUUUCCGUGGGCCCUACGAUUUUCACUCUUAUGACAACUAAACUACCACCCAGAUUGCAUGUUUUGUGAUUAGUUAUAACACCCUGCAACAAAUUGGCAGUGUUUAGUGGUUUCAUGUUUUAGAAUAUUAAUUUGUGUUGGUGGUGAUGAUGUUUUUGUUUAUUUAUUUACUUUGUUAAAUGGGAAUUUGUUUGUUUAAAA